AGGCCUCGUUUCGUCUCGAGCACGCCGCUGCUUUAAUUCCUCCCACUCGAUAUGCUAGACCCGCUCGUUCUACAACGCAAAGGGGGAUAGCACACACAGAGACGUGUUUGGUCGAGCCGAAGUGGAGUCCUGCUGUCCCAUUUGGUUCAGGACUGGUCAGAUGACGCGAAACUAGACUCGGGUCGCAAUUGUCGGGCACGCGAUUCUGUUCGUCCUCCGCUCAUAUCGUCUCCGCGGACGAUGGGAGAUAGGCUGCAUGCUCACCCGCUGUUACCUUCUGAGACUUCUUCCAGGAGUGGAAGAUCGCGGACCACAAAUUCGGUGACAACGCGACCUAUCACAAGUUACUUCGAUCUCAAGUCACAAUCUGAAGCUCGUGUCGCAGAGCUUGCUCAUUCGAACUCCGGACUGUCCCUUAUUAGGGGGGACGGCAGUGACAUUAGCGUCCCCACUGCUCAAACGUCUAAUGGUGCCCUGGGUGGUGAAGCACUGGAGGUUUCAUGGAGGCGCACUACUCAGUCAGAAAAGUCACCACCACAACAACAACCAACUGCGUCUCCUCCAUCAGCAUAUGCUGAAGAAAUUCGUUCGGAAACGCCAGCAUCACCUGAUAUCCUAGGUACCCCUUGGCACCAUCAAGAUGAUAACACCAUCCUUGCAUUAUUAAACACUCCUAAUGUUAUGAUCGAGGCGAUACGCAUUUUGUCCGAAAAGGUGGAGGCUUUAAAUAAAAGUUACGGGGAGCUUCAGUCCUUGAAAAAUAUAGAGGCUGGUCGUGAAGCACGAGCACGAAAACGUGUCAAAAAGAUCAUGUGGGAUCUCCGACCCUCAGAGCGGGAUGUGGCACGUCGUGUCCUCGAAAGCAUAUUCACUGAAGAAUCUGGGUUGGACCCUUCAAAUUCGAAAGCUGACGGCGACCUUAAUAUGAGAGUGUCGAUAUCAGAAGCUAUGGAGGCCACCUUUGCCCCAUUGGCGCAUCGACAGCCCGUUGUGUCAUCAGUACACAGCGAUGGCUCGCUUCAGUCCUCGUUUCGAGACCCCUCCAGGAACGGGGCACCUUCAAUUUACUCUGAUAAUCUUUCUACGCAUAUGGCUGAGGACCCCGACCCAAAGGAACGUCAGGUGGUGGGGAAGCAGAAGGGAAAUAAGGGUAUUUCGCAAUGGAUGGGAACUUGGUGGACGACUCGUUCUAAGGCCAAGAGCUCUGCCCCCGAGGUUCUUCAGCCAGAGGGCGUAACGCCUAAGCCGGUGCCAGCCGACGUGGGGUCGUAUAUGUCAGGCACAAGUAUACAGGUAUCGCCAUCGGUUGAUCCUACAAAUCAAAGACUCGCAGAGCGAGCAGGAGGGCUGAUGAACGUUUUUGAGACACCCUUGAGCUCUAGCUCUCCGCCAAUGCAGUUAGAUGAUGCUCUUCAUCGGGGCAGGGCACCCUCGGUAUCAAGUCGCUUCUCUGGCAUCUCGGGUGUUUCAUCCACAGCUCAAGCCACCAAACCAUUGGUGGUCCCUUUUCUUACCCCACUCAAAUCUCCAUCCAUUCCCAAAGUCACGACGCAUGCAGAAGCCCCGCUAUCUGAUCUAAUUAAUCCACCAUCUCACUUCUCUGUUCCAGACAAUAUAUCGGUAAUUUCGACACAUUCUGUGCGGACACAUCCCCCACAUUUACAUGCGAUAUUCAACGCCACCCGAGUCCUUGCAAAUGAACUUCCCAGUAGUAUAUUGGUUAAUCAAGCUCAAAACACCUCUCCAGUCGUCUCUCAGCUCGCGCUUCGGCUAGUGAAGAAUGCACGGGAAGAGGGGCUGAAUAUCACUGCCGCCCGACCCCCAAAAAGCAUUUCAUCAUCUCCUGGUCCCUACCUAAAUACAACUCUCCUCAGUACUGCUAUCUUGAGCCCCAGCAGUGGUCACGGUGCCUCCGCCUCUGAAUCAUUAGGGAAAGCUUUAGCAUCCUCGUCGUCUGCAUCUCGCCCACGAGGGCACGGACAGUCCACAGUCAAAGCCAAAUUGCCGCCAUCAAUAACACGCCUUGUUAACUCAGCAGGACUUGGCGGUUCAAAUGUGACAUCUCGGCCGGGUACAACCAGUUCAGAAGGUACCGCGGAACCGGUCGCGAAGAAAUCGAAUGGUGCCGAGACCUUGGCAUCAAAUACUCCGUCUAGCGCCUUGGGCGGACCAGUCAUCCAACCCGCGCGACCGGCCGGGACCGUGGAGUUAGAGUCAAUCAUUCCCCAAAUAUCUCAACCACCUACGCUGCUCCUUGCCAAGCUUCAUGGUUCAUCACUUUCAUCCCCCAACUUUAGACCUACGUUCCCAUACGCCAACGCCUCGGCCACCAGAUUUUCUAGCAGAGAACACCCAUUGACGGAUCGUUAUGGCUUCAUAUAUGAUCUUAGUCAAUAUGACGUAAAUCUUUUAAUAAGAGCGAAAGAAGCGAGCAGCACGGCCCCUGCAAGCCUAACCGGUGUCAAGAUACCAGACAAGGAAACUGACGAUGCUACCUGGCAAUCGGAUGACAGCUCUAGAUUAUCAUCACGUACCUCUAUAUUAAUUGUCCGCGGCCAUUGUGAGAUUUGUGGCGGGUCCGCAUUACACGAUAAGAGAGAUCACAAAGCCAAGGAUAUCACGCAAGCAACGUCCGAGAACAACCAGAAGCCAAUCAAAACUCCCAAAGCUGCUGUUGCUGCUGAGACUGGUGACGAUGCUGCAGGAUCAACACCAACGGCAGACGUUCCAAGAAAGCAGGGUCGAAAGCGUUCUGUGACUGUAACUUCCACGUUGGCACUCUCACCUUCAAAACCUAUAGUUUCGUCUCAACCGCUUUCCUCAUCUGAUGCAUCUAUCUCAGUUCCUCCUUUAAAGCCUUCGCAGGAUGGUUCAGCUCCCCCGACAGACACACCUACACAUGCUUGCGGAAGCACUGUUGCAUUACUUAUUUCUCGACUUACUGAACUUCAUGACAAGCAACAGGCUGCUCAAAAAACUGAGUGGGACACAUUUCUUAAAAAGAGGAAACGAACUGCGAAAGGGAACCUAUUAAGUUCUGGAGCAGCAGUACUUUUCGGCGCGUCACCUUCGGAACUCGGUGAUGAAGAACUGCUGCCUUCGGAAGGUCUUAUCGGCGUCGCUCAGAUGGGCCUUUCAGCCAACAAGGAAGAAUGGAAGGAGUUUUCUAGGUUGGUUCGGGGGGGCGUACCUCUAGUCUACCGUGCAAAGAUCUGGUCAGAGUGCAGCGGCGCUCUGGAGAUCGCGGAACCCGGCGUUUUUCAGGAAUUGCUUUCCACUCGUGGGAGUGAAAUACCGCAUCCCACUUUAGUCGAGAUAGACAAAGAUGUGCGGCGAACGAUGCCGACAAACAUUUUCUUCGGUGGUGAUGGUGUGGGUGUAAAUAAAUUGCGUCGAGUACUGCAGGCUUACAGUUGGCGCAAUCCGGACGUGGGUUACUGCCAAGGAAUGAACCUCAUUGCUUCCACUCUGCUUCUUGUUCAUGCAGAUGAGGAGCUUGCGUUUUGGGUGCUUGCGGCGAUCAUCGAAAAGCUGUUGCCACAAGACUUCUUCGGACAAUCACUCUUAGUUUCUAGAGCCUGCCCGCUCGUUCUUUUGGAUUAUGUUCAGGAGCUCCAGCCAAAGCUCUAUACUCACCUACAGCAGCUAGGUGUUGAUCUCGGAGCCAUAUGUUUUUCGUGGUUCUUAUCGCUUUUCACUGAUUGCCUCCCGGUCGAGACUCUGUUUCGAGUGUGGGACGUUUUCUUUGUAGAAGGAAUGGACGUAUUGUUUCGAGUCGCAAUUGCCAUUAUUCGCAUCAACGAAACUCAGCUCUUAGCUUGUGACUCGAUUUCAUCGCUGUAUAUCCAGUUAGAAAGUAUCACGACACGGAUGUGGCACCCAGACAAACUGCUCAAAGUCGAGUCCGAACUCAAACCGUACAUUCCCCACAAUGAGCUUGUAAAGCGUCGUGAAGCGCACGUUGGGGCCCUCAGAGAGCUCCUUUAAAUCAAUUUACAUCACUUUCUGUUUAAUACCUCCACAUACUGAUUCAUCAUAUUCGCCAGCUUCAGCAGUGCUGAAGCCAUUUCACCAUGCAACAGUUGCAUCAUGUAUGUCUCCUGUAAUAUGUCACUGCCAUAAUCCAAUUCAACAUAUGCAUUGAUAGAAGC